AUUUAGCUUAUAUUUGGAGAUUCUUAGAAUUGAAGGACGGCUCAUUUUCUUUUACUACAUCUACAAUUCUACAUGAUUGCUAUGGUUGAGGAUUGGUACCCCAGUUAAAGAUAUAUGAAUAGAAGAAUAUAGGGUUGAUGUAAAGUUUCGGCUGCUUUGCUUUCUGAAGUUAAAUUACCUUCCAAGACUGUCAUUGACAAACUGCUAGGGGUUUCUGUACUCUUGUUGGCUUUUGCACCAGUUAUAUUGACAAACAACAGUUAUCCGUUUCAUUUUAGCAAAACUUCGGAAUACAAUUUAAUUUCACUGACAUUUGUAGUUUAUUGUAUUAUUGUAUUAUCAUGUCAAUACCAUCUGCGGGUUUAAAUAUUACUUGAAUUUUGAUGUUAUUUUAAUGAGGUUAUUUAAUUUUCCUGACAAGUGAGUAUUCCUAACGUCAUGGUUGCUUCAAAAUCAAAAGUUCAAAGUUUUCCAGAGUUGUACUACACAUCAUUACCAUAGAAAAUCACACAAGGGAUGAACAUGCUGCAAAAGAAAAUUCUUAUCCUGCAUCACACGGUUGGAACAAUACCUUUCUCUGAAAGUGGGCCCUUGCGUUCAUAAAUCCUCUGCUCCCCUCCCAAAACCCAGCACAACAAGCUAGAGAAGGGAAAAGGCACCUCAGCCAUGGCGCAGCAGCAGCUGCUCCUCCUCCCCGCCCCUCCCAGAACCUUCUUGAAGCCCCUCUCCUCUCCCUUCCUCUCCUCCCUCCCCCGGCGCCACCUCGUCCCCGUCUCAGCAGUUCGCGUGGCACCCGCCGUCCGGCGGGGCCUGCUCCAAUACGCGACGAAGCGUUCAGGUUUGGUUGAAGAGCUGGAGAUCGCCAGGGACAAGCAACCGCGGAGCAGGCGCGCCAAUGGCAUCUUCUGGAUCUUGCUGCUCAAUUUCGGCAUCUACGUGGCCGACCACUUGCUCCAGAUACGACAAAUAAAAUCACUGUACCUGUAUCAUGCAUUCCCUACAUGGUUCCAGUUUGUGACAUCAACAUUUUGCCAUGCCAAUUGGAAUCAUCUUUCAAGCAAUUUAUUCUUUGUGUAUAUCUUUGGAAAACUUGUUGAGGAGGAAGAGGGUAACUUUGCUCUGUGGAUGUCUUACAUUUUGACUGGUGCUGGGGCGAACUUGAUUUCAUGGUUGGUUCUUCCAACAUCCUCUGUGUCACUUGGAGCAUCUGGUGCUGUUUUUGGCCUUUUCACCAUUAGUGUUCUAGUUAAGAUGUCAUGGGAUUGGAGAAAGAUUCUUGAGGUGCUUAUCCUGGGACAAUUUGUUGUUGACAAGGUCAUGGAAGCAGCACGUGCAACAACAAUCACAGGGCAAUCGUUUCAAGUGAACAACAUUGCUCAUGUAUCAGGUGCUUUGAUAGGUGCUGCGUUGGUGUUUCUGGUCAGCAGAAUCCCUUUUUCAUCCAAUGAUGAUAAUCCCAAGGCAACAAAAAGAGAGUAAAUAGAAAAUAAAUAUAUUUAUCAACAACAUUAUCAGCCUAACAUAUUAUUGUCAAUUUUUCAUUCAUUAUCAUUUCUUCGUAUGAUAGCUAUUUUUCGAAAAUUCGGUUGUAACAUUUCGGAUUUAAAUGAAAGAUCAUCCGGAAGUUCAGUUCUGGAGUGUAAAGUUCGUUUGUAAACCAAUGUAAGCAUCUUGAUUAUCCGGCACUUCAAAUGUUUUUCCUUCACACA